UUGCCGCCUAUUAACACAAAAUGUUCGAUUUUUCGCCAAAAAUGUCAAAUUCCCGUCACAAAUGAUCGACACUUAUCAUGUCCUAGACGCCGAUGUUAUCAUCAUAGGCGCUGGCAUUUCAGGUCUAGUGGCAGCCUAUGCCUUACUCCAAAAAGAACCAACCCUAAACCUCCUCAUUCUGGAAGCCACAGACAGAAUCGGAGGUCGCGUCAUUUCAAAACCCCUCAUCGACAAAAACAAUGACUACCACAUGUACGACAUUGGGGGGCACUGGAUCAACCCCCAACAAAAAGAAAUCAUCGAACUUUUAGCCGAAUUAAACGUAAAUAUCGAGUUUAGUUCAAAUCAUUUUGGAAAAAUUAUCUUCGACUACGACGGGAAAAUUUUCAAAGAGAGCAAACCCAACGCAUUUGCUUUUCUCACUGUUGGUGCCAAGCUAGAACUUGCACGUUUUGUGACAAAAAUCGAAAAUCUAUGCAAAAAAGUGAGACUUGACCCGGAUUUGGCCGCCACAAGUAUGGAAAAAUUCAUAAGUUUGAACAUCAAACACGAAUGCGUGAAAGCGCUAAUCGAGUGGAUUAUUCUCAAAAAUUUUGGCCUCAAAACGGCCGAUUUGACUCUAGGUUUUUACGUGUUUUUUUGCACUUCGAGUCACGGAAUUGCAAACCAAUUGGAUGGUUUGAACGAAUUCUGGAUCAAGGACGGGGCAACCUGGAUUUGCAAUAAAAUCAUGUUUUUGGCAAAUUUGGAGCCAAUAAUUAAGGCCCGAGUUGGGCAAAUUAAAACGACGCGGCGUCAUAGCGAAGUGACCACAACUCGGGGCACUUUCUAUUCUAGUUAUGUAAUUGUGGCAGUUCCGCCCUCCGAAAUAACAAAAAUUCGUUUUUUACCACCGCUUCCGCGGCAAAAAUUAGAGGCCUUGAAAGAAGUAUCAGAAGGAAAAUUGGCCCAAUUUGUAAUAACUUAUGUUCGCCCCUUUUGGGCAAAUUCCGGUUAUAAAGGAGAUGUACAUGUUUUACGAGGGCAUUGUUCAGAAAAGCCCAUUAUUUCCUGUUUUGACGUAAGUGCAAAGAACGAAUCUGUCUUAAUGGGUUAUUUUUUGCAAAGUGAAAAAAACCCAAAAGACGCGAUUUUGAAACAGUUGGCAUUUUAUUUCGGAAAUGAGGCUUUGAAGCCUUUGCAAGUCACAGUAGAGCAGUGUAAAAGUGGUAGUCCGAUGUGUUGUUUCAAAUCGUUUGGAAAAAUGUGCUCAGUUCAAGAAAACACAGACAGGAUAUUUUGGGCCGGUGCUGAGACUUCCACGGAAUGGUAUGGGACAAUUUGUGGUGCUGUUAUUGCAGGAAAUCGGGCUGCGAGAGAGGUGAUUUAUAGCCUAAGGCCGGCUACGUUAACACUUGAUGAUAUGCGAUUUUUUGGGACCGAUUUGUCGGAAAUAAAUGUUCGGAAUAGAAUGUACGACAGCUAUUACAAGAAACUGUUAAAUCCUUACAACCAAAUGUCGGCUGUUGUGUUCACAAUUCUGAUGGUGUUUGUGUGGAACAGAUAUUUGAAAGAUGUUAAAAUUAAAAAACUGUUAUUAUAAUUUAAUUGAAUAAAAUAAAACAUUGAGAAAAUA